AUGAUUGUAUUUACGUUAGCGGUCGGCGGGGAACCACAUCCUAGCCGCAGCCAGCUGGCCCACGCAACCUCACCGCCUCCUCUCUGUCGCGGUUUAGAGGCUGAAAGUGCCAUCACUGCUAUGAACGGCCAGUGGCUUGGCAGCAGAAGCAUCAGGACAAAUUGGGCAACUCGCAAACCACCUGGCCCGAAAUCGGAUGAAAUGAAAAUGCUUCCGCGCGGACGAUGCUACAACAAGGCGAUAAGGUUGAAACAAAAUAAAAAUGAGAAAGAAAAAAAAACGAGUAAAAAUAGCGUACUCGGCACUUUCAAAUCCCGGGCUUUAGUUAGAAGAGGAAGCUGGGAGAGAGCGAUUUUAACAACAUCCCCAGAGAUCGGAUCCCGUGUUACGAGGACUCUGGACCAGAGGAAAAAAAAAGAGAGAGAAAAAAAAGAAAGAGAAUGGGGAAGAAAGGAGCAGAGAAAAAAAGAAGGACAGAGAGCGAGGAGAUAA